UGUCUCAUCCACUUAUGAACAAUAACUGUACUUGAAUGUUAGUGGAGGUCAUUAUAUAAGAAGUAAGAUAUUGUUUACGUUGGUUUAUAUUUGUUUAACAUCAUGUUUAACCGGAGGCUUAAAUAAUUCUUCGGCGUUAUUGAUCCGCUUUAUAUUAGCAACAUCAGCAAGACUAUCUACAAAGAAAGGAAUGGCUUAUAAUUUGGUCGCCUUCAUUUUGGCCGUGACAUUAAGCUGCGCAGAUUCAGCCAAGCAUUUUUACGGCUACAGCGAAUGUAGUUACCGCAACUACACCACCAGGUGUCCAGUGCUUGGUCAGAAACUGCACCAGACGAACAAGCAACUGCAGUCAUUCCCAUCGCUUAAAUACAAAGAAACGUGCCUCAGACUGGGAAACAAUUUAAUUCAGGCUUUCCCGAAUGACCUGCUUCCGUACCAGACUCUCGAAACACUGGAUCUGAUACAAAACAGAAUUUCAAAACUGCCCGAAAAUCUGAUUGUCCUCGAGAAACUAGAAACACUGGAUGUCCGCGAGAACAAGAUCACAGCCAUCGCGUCUACGAUUCGAUUUCCGGGAUCCCUUCGGGCACUCAUGCUGGCCGGAAAUGGUCUCAAAAGUUUCCCAGACGGAAUUUCAAUUCCGAAUCUCUUUGUGCUUGAUUUGUCUAGGAACCUCUUCAAUGAGAUUCCAAAAUCUUUCUGCGUAUCGAAGCAAUUAAUAAGGGUCGACUUCACAAACAAUCCCUUGAGAACGGACUUGUCGAAGUACACGGACAAUCUCAACGCAUGCCCUAACGCUAACGGUGUACCGUUCUGUUUGUUCUCGGACAGCGAAACGCUCAGGUGCGACUGUAAAAGUUUGUACUCCAUUCUGGGAGUCGAGCCGGCAUUCCAGUUCGGUACAAAACUUCGUAACCACCUGAUCACGUGCUCCGAAGACGACAGUGAAGAAGAAUAUAAGGGAUGGGAACUAUUUAACAUCAAUGCGACUGCAUUGCCACACUCCUGCCACGAGGCAUUGAAGACCCAACAAUCGAAAUCUGCAGCUAGCAAUGCCAAUGUUGCACUUGUGUUCGUGGGCAUGUUUUUUGGAGUGCACAAAUCAUUCGAACGAGCAUGAAAAAAAAAACUUAUUGAAACACUUGUUUCAGUACAAUGAUUUCAAAUCGAAUACAUGUAUCUGUAAAUGUGUUUGAAACAUACCAUUGUUCUGCUUUAGUAAUCGCUGAUCAAGAUGACAAACGAUGUAAUCUUUAUAAAUACUAGAACAUUGUAGAAACGUCAUUUUUCGUCUUACCUUGUUUGUAUGAAUGUACCAAUAUUGCAUACGUUAUUUUGGACACAUUAAAAAUCUGUAUUUUA